CAACGGCGCAGACUCGCUUGGCGUUUCCCAGGAAAUAAACAAAAAGAGAUUGGUAGAAAACGAAAAUAAGCACUCGGGCGCAAGAUUCUCGGAAAAACGCUACCUCUCGGUUCGCACGAGUUCCGAGUACGGCGGGGAAAGGAGGCCUGGUGGCGGGGGGAACGACGGCCGCCUGGAAGAACAGUUUUUCCACUGAGGAACCUCAGAACAGUCGUCGUCGUCGUCGUGCUAUACGACUGGCCCAACCGUCCACGUCCAUCCGCUGUGUGUCUCCUCUCCGACCUCGGAUUACUCACUUGACGCUACCUCUGGAAUACCUAUGCAGCUUCGUUCACAGUGCUUCGUGCUUCUGCCUUCCAAGUGCACUGCCGUUUGUUUCUUCCAAAGCUGGAUUUAAACGCAGCCUCAACCUCGGCGACCGUCUAUUCAAUGGACUGCCGAUGCAACGCCACUGUCUGCAACGUCACUGUCCGCAACACUGCCUCCCCGCAGCAGCCCUCGUGCCACCAGCCAUAGCAGCCUCCCACCUUUCCCGCCCACCAUGUGGACCGAGCACGCCACACCAGCCAGCAAGGACCACUCCGUGCUCUUCGUCGCCUUCCCAGUCCUCGUGCCGUCUUGGGCCGCGCCCGCUACUCCCCCCAGGUCCACGUCCUGGGGCGGUGUGGCCCCAAAGACGCCCCCGCAGCCUCACCACUCGACGCCCCGCAUGGACCGCCCGGUCCACGCCAACCUCGACGUUGACCUCAGUCGUGUGCGCGACACCGUACGGACUCUACAGACCAGCGGGUAUUAUUACGAGGGGCUGUCCUGGCAGGACGCCGACCGGAUGCUCCGCGACACCCCCAUCGGGACCUUCCUGGUGCGGGACAGUUCCGACAACCGGUUCCUCUUUGCCCUGAGUGUUCAGACGGAGCGAGGUCCGACGAGCGUUCGGAUACACUACAGCCACGGCGAGUUUCGGCUGGACUGCGAGGACGCCCUCUCGCCCUGCAUGCCGUGGUUCACGUGCGUCGUCAAGUUGGUGGAGUACUACAUCGAGUUGAGCCAGUCUGCGAAGGGACAGAUGUGUGUGUGGCUGGACGGGAACGGCCGGAGGGACUUGCCCAUUCGGCUGGCGCGGCCGCUGUACCGGACUGUCCACCCCCUGCAGCACCUGUGCAGGGUGGCGGCCAACCGCGGGAUGGCCCAGCAAAAAGUGGGACUUGACCGGUUACCUCUGCCCGGGUCGCUAAAAGACUUUGUCAGGGCUUAUCCGCAUCAACACUGACCCCGACGGGGGGGGUCGAGGACAGUUCCUAAAUGUCGUGUGCAUGUCGGUGUGAAUGUUAAACUAUAGUGUGUGUAUUCGAAAAUUGUACCACUAUGCGGGUGAGCUGCCGCGGUCUGGUGCGACUUUUGUGUCCCGGUGAGUUACGUAGCCCUCGGAUUUAGCUCUGUGUGGUUAAAACCUCAGGGAUUUACAAUCGGGUUGUGUCGAGCUUCUUUUUUUUUGCAACGUCUUCACUUGUGGCAGCUUUUCCAACUGUAGCGAGUUGCAUGACCAAGUCUUUAGGGCUUCUUCAACGAUAACGUGAGUGCUAACUAAUGCCUGACCGCAGGAUUGCACUGCAGGGCGCGUAUCUCGAGGACAAGUACAAACGUGUGGGCCGUGAAAAGCUUCAUUUUCCAGACCAAGAAAUUCGUGUUCCAAUGUAACACAUGCACACGCAGUGAAAUAGAUUAGUUUCAACACUGAUUCUGCCCUCCUCCACUGUGACCUGCACUACUACUAUGCCUUCUUUCUUUUUCAUCUUCAUUGUGUAGCAUACUUGGAAGUGUGCAAGAUCCAGCCAGAACACAAAAAGUCGCAAUAUUUGCAUGCACAAAAGUAAUGACAGUUAGGGGGAAUUCUCUCACUAAGCAAAAAACAUAACACCAAUUAGCCGAGCCAAGCAUGGAUGGUCCUCUGCUCAAAAAAUAUUGGCUCGUGUUGUUCAAAAUCCAAACGUAUUCUCAGACAACAGUAAUGGUGGACAAAAAAAAAACGAUACAGUUCUUGUCAGCAGAAAAUGCGCAGAAACUACCUUUCCAUGCUUCGCUUACCUGCCGACAUUUUUUCGUUCAACCGUGCCAAUUAUGUCUUCUUGUCUUAAUUUUUGUGUGUUUCUGCAACAUUGCACUCUGCACCGAGUGCUCUUUGCCGCUACGUAACUCGCCGCACACAGAGUGCCAGACCCGCAGCGUUUCCAACAACAAAAGGUGCCUUUCGGGACCAAGAACAAACAUGUACAUAAGUCAUAUCUAUCUCUGUCGACGUGUUCGCCAUUGUAUUUUUUUAUAAGCCCAGUCGAAGGAAAUGCGCCGAUACCCUCAGUGUGGUGUGGAGGAUGUCUUAUUUCGAGAAGACGAAAUGCUAUAAUAUAGUGUACACUAUUUGGAAAAAUCGAAUCAAACGACGAGGUGUGUAUAUACUGUAAGAUAGGUUAUAAUAUAUAUACGAGCCUUUCCUCAAAAAAAUAAUAAAUCUCGGUCACUAUUUCA